GUUUUUAGGUCAGCACUGCUCAAAACUUUCCAAUGUCUAUCCCUGGAAAAUAUCAGCAUUACAAAAAUGAAAAUAUUGAUGAAUAUUUUAUUGCAGUUGGUGUCCCAUUCAUGGGUCGGAAAAUGAUGGCAAUGUCAUCACCACUAAUGGAAAUAACCUUAGAUGGUGAAACGAUGACCAUCAAAACCUCUUCGCUCAUAAGAACUGUACAGUAUUCGUUCAAGCUUGGCGAAGAGUAUGAAGAAACUAUGCCUAAUAGUGUCAUCAAGAGUGUUACAACUUUAGUGAACGACCAUGAAGUAAAGACAGACUCAGUGAUUCCAGAAAGCGGCGACAAAUGUGGUCGUCAUUAUUUAUUCACUGAAGAUGAAUGUGUUGUAACUCUUACACAUGAAAAAGCUAAUGUUCCAGGCAAGAGGUAUUUCCGCAGGGUGAAAUAAACAGUGAAACAUCAGUUAUUCCAUUAGGUUAAGAUGUAAUAAUUAAAAUAUUCCAGUUUUUUUAAGUAAAUCUGAUAAAAUGUAAUUUGCUACUAGGUGACGCCAGUACUGUAACUGGUUUUAAAAUACUAUGCCUUGGUGUGGAUAUAGUUUAUAACUAUUGAUUAUUCCAAAAAUUUCUCCAGAUAUUUUAGAUGAGUUUUAGUUUCUAUUUACAGUUUAUAGAAUUAACAGAACAAUUAUAAUUAUGAUAGAAUAGAAGUAGGUUUCGGUCGACAUAUAAGUUGUAAUUUCGGUAACAACGAUUGAUAAAGUCGGGCUUAUUUUGUCGUUAGCCUACUUGAUGUUAUUCACCAAACAUUAAUAUAAGCCCCAAAGUUUUGUGUUUGAUAAAAUGGAAACUAUCUCCUGCUUUCUAUGGCUCUCUUUCGCCUGGCAUGCGAUUUAGAACCUUUUGU